AUGUCAAGUGAUGGACUGAAGAACAUUCUGAAGGAAAACAACGACGAAAAAAGAGGGAAAGUUGGAGACAUAUUAAAAGAGGGCCAAUUGGAUAUUCGGCAGCAUUAUCUAUCUAUCUAUCUAUCUAUCUAUCUAUCUAUCUAUCUAUCUAUCUAUUUAUUACAGCCUGUUCAUAUAUAUCUGUACAUAUGUGAAUCCCGUUCUCUCUCUCUCUCUCUCUCUCUCUCUCUCUCUCUCUCUCUCUCUCUCUUUGGCCUUCUAUCAUUUUUCAUACCUCCAAAACUACAUUGUUUUUUUUUUUAUUACUUUUUCAUUAUUUCUCAAAAUUACAUCACACGAAUUUUCCAAGAAUUGACGAUAUUUCUUUCCCAUCUAUCCCUACCUUUCUUAUUCUUACUUUUUAUCCUUCUCCUUAAAAACUCUAAACUCAUAUUGUCACUCUUCCCUUCUUCACCAGCUACGGCGCUUAUUUGUUUCUUAGCGGCUUUUUUUUGUCCACCAUUUUGUUCUCUUUUUCUUCCCUUUCCGUUUUCUCUUCUUCCUUUUAUUCUCCAUCCCAAAUCCCUCACUCCCCGACCAAUUCCAUCUUUCAUUUUCUUGUCUAUUUCCAUAACAGUAGAGAAACCGGUCCGCUCAAAGCAAAGAAUUUCUUGUCACCUUAAGACGACCCAAUCCCAAACCAACCCAUAUUUCUUUCUUUCCGUUUUUUUUUUUUGCUCUCUCCAGCUUUCGAUGGAUUUUUAUUCUUUCCAUAUGUAUUUUUGUUCUUACUUUCCUCUGUCACCCUUUCUUUUUUAUAUUUCGUCUUCUUCUCUUCAUAGUCCUCCCCAUUUUCAUUGUUCUUUUCUUCUUCGUUUUCUUUUCGAUUUCUAUCUUCUUGUAUUUCUCUUUGCUUUUAUUAUCUAUUUGAAACAUUUCUCUAUUUUCUUCUUCAUCUUCUUUGACUAUUUCUUCUUCUUUUUUCUAUAUUUCUUUUCAUUCUUCUCUUUGUUUAUCACACGUUCUACUUUUGUUUUUUCUUCCGUUCGCGAACGGAUUUCUUUUCUAUUUAGAAACUCUUUUAUUGACUCAUUCGAACUUCCUUUCUAUUCAUUCGUUUUUCUACCUUUUUUCAUUCCUACUCUAUUCUUUUUUAUUUACCUUCUUCUUCCUUUCCUAAUUUAG